UUUUUGUACACGGAUCUUGCAUUGAUCUUGAUCCCUGAUCCUAUCCUCUGCUCUUCCUCGUUGUGCGCACCGUCCUCCCUCUCUCUCUCUCUGUGAUCAUAACCACCUCUUCUUCAAUUCUCCUCUCAGAUCACUCUUCCUUCCUCCUACAACAUACAACAAUGGGUGCUAAUGAAACGAAUGUAGAGAGCAAAGAGUAUCGUCUCUCACGAGAAGUGAAGGAAGCUCUUCAAGCGAUAGCAUCUGAGUGGGAAGAUGUGAUUGAUUCAAAGGCUCUGCAAGUGAUUCCUUUGAAAGGUGCAAUGACCAAUGAGGUGUUUCAGAUCAAGUGGCCCACUAGGGAGAGUGGGCCUUCUCGUAAGGUUCUCGUUAGGAUUUACGGUGAAGGUGUUGGGAUUUUCUUUGACCGUGAGGAUGAGAUCAGGACGUUUGAGUUUAUGUCUAAGCAUGGUCAUGGGCCUUUGUUGUUGGCAAGGUUUGGUAAUGGUCGUAUCGAAGAGUUCCUUAAUGCACGGACACUAUCUGCUUGUGAUUUGCGUGAUCCGGUGAUAUCUGGUCGGAUAGCGAAUAGGAUGAAGGAGUUUCAUGGUCUUGACAUGCCUGGUGUGAAGAAGGCUUUGCUUUGGGAUAGGUUAAGAAACUGGCUGGUUGCUUGCAAGAGAUUGGCUUCUCCGGAAGAAGCUAAGUCCUUUCGUCUCGAAGUUAUGGAGAUGGAGAUUAAUUUGCUUGAGAAGUCUCUCUUUAAGAAUGAUGAAAAGAUUGGGUUUUGCCACAAUGAUUUACAGUAUGGGAACAUAAUGAUGGAUGAACAAACCAAAGCAAUAACCAUCAUUGAUUAUGAAUAUUCUUGCUACAACCCUGUGGCUUAUGACAUAGCCAAUCACUUCUGCGAGAUGGCUGCUGAUUACCACACUGACACACCUCACAUCAUGGAUUACAGUAAAUACCCUGGUGUGGAGGAGCGUAAACGAUUUCUGAAAACAUAUAUGAGCCCUUCAGGUGAAGAAAAGCCCAGCGAUACAGUGGUCAAAAAACUCCUUGAAGAUGUUGAGAAAUAUACACUUGCUAGUCAUCUAACUUGGGGUUUAUGGGGAAUCAUAUCGGAACAUGUGAAUGAAAUCGACUUCAACUACAUGGAGUACGCAAGACAGAGGUUUAACCAGUACUGGUUAACAAAGCCGAAGCUCAUUGGUGCUCCUUGA